GUUACCCGGAAGUUAGAAGUACGGCGUGUCGGAGGUGCCAAAGCUAAUACUACCGACAGAUUUGGUAUUCCUGGUUACAUUUACGUCUGUUUUUAAGCGUAGCUAACGUUGAAUAUGCCCAGUUACGCAUUCUCUUUGCAGACCCGAGCCGUACAUAUUUUCAAUCGCGGAAGUGCUGGAUGUAUACUACCUGCAAUAUAGUGUGUUUUGUUGUUCCCAGGGUUUUACAAAUUUAACACAUUUAGGUGAUCGUUUAAAAUGGAAGACGACGCGCCUGUAAUCUAUGGUCUUGAAUUUCAGGCAAGGGCAUUAACUGCCCAGACAGCUGAAACUGAUGCCAUUCGUUUCCUUGUGGGCACACAGUCUCUGAAGUUUGACAACCAGAUCCACAUCAUUGACUUUGAUGAUGAGAAUAACAUCAUUAAUAAGAAUGUCCUUCUUCACCAAGCUGGGGAAAUAUGGCACAUUGGUGCGAGUCCUGCAGAUAAAGAAGUGGUGACCACCUGCUACAACAAAACUAAUGACAGCAGGGUGGUGUCCUGUGCAGCAGUAUGGCGGAUGCCCUCCAAUUGGGAGAUAGGAAAUCACGAGUCACCUGACGAUUCAGCCCACAACCCCCAAACCCUGGAGCUGCUCUGUCACCUAGACAACAGUGCCCAUGGCAACGCAGCCUGCGUGCUGUGGGAGCCAAUGGGGGAUGGCAAGCGUGUGAUUUCAUUGGCUGAUAGCCAUGUACUACUCUGGGACCUGAGUGAGAGCUCUACACAGGCCACAAUCUCCGGCACUGCUACGCUCGAGGGCAAAGGUCAGCUAAAGUUCACUUCUGGCAAGUGGAGUCCUCACCAUAACUGCAGCCAGCUUGCCACUGCCAGUGACACAGCCAUAAGAGUUUGGGACCUUCGCACCAUGAGUCAGAUUUACUGCAUCGAGAACGCUCAUGGCCAGCUGGUGCGUGACCUGGACUUCAACCCAAACCGACAGUACUAUCUGGCCAGCUGUGGGGAUGACUGCAAGGUCAAAUUCUGGGAUGUCCGCAACAUUCAGGAGCCCAUCAAAACACUGGAGGAGCACUCGCAUUGGGUGUGGAGUGUCCGCUACAACCACAGCCACGACCAGCUGGUGUUGACAGCCAGCAGUGACAGUCGCCUCAUCUUGUCCAAUAUGGUGUCCAUCUCUUCUGAGCCAUUUGGCCACUUGGUAGAUGACGAGGAGCUAAGCGAAGGAGAGGACAACCACCAGGAAGAAAAGAGCAAGGAGCCUCUAAAAGACAGUGUGGUUUCCACCUACGAGGAGCAUGAAGACAGCGUAUAUGCAGCUGAAUGGUCAUCUGCCGAUCCAUGGCUCUUUGCCUCACUCAGCUACGACGGACGCCUUGUCAUCAACAGGGUCCCCCGUGCCCUCAAAUACCGUAUACUGUUGUGAGGGAACAAAGAGGUUGUAAACAUAUAGCUUUCACACCCAUAGACAUACUAUACUAAAGGAUAUUGUUGCAAAAAUUGUAAUUAGUGUAAAUACAGUAGAUGUCCUCAAUACUGCAAAGUAAGCAUUUUUGGUUAAUAGUUUGACUAACUGUGCUUCUUCAAUGUCAUCUUAGGAUAUAAAAGCAUUCUUUCACAGAAAUGUAAUUGUAUUUACCUCUGCAGAUUCCAUCAUAUCCUCAACAUAAUUGUCCUUUAGCUCUCACAAUAAAUUAGUCAGAAUAAUACUGUCGAGAAUUUGAAACAACCACACAAUUCCCCCUGAAAGAAUAAAUGCUACGCUGAAAAAAAAAAGUAAAUCCAAGAUAUAAGCCUGUUUUUCACAUGAUCAUUUUUUAUAAUAAAAAUGCUUGACAAAUCAAUGUUAUUUGACAGAUUUACCACCAAAAAUUAAAUUAAUCUUAUUGCAGUCAUUGCGUUUAAUGUUUUCAAAAGUUGAACAGUCUAUCUGCAAAGAAUGAACAGUUAUGAGCCGUGAUUCUCCUGCUUAUGUUUAAUAGGUAACAAGAUAAAAUAAAGUUAAAACAAAGCUCACAACGUCGUUAAAGCAUUGCAUUGAUGUUUUACAUUGCAACCAGCAUUAUUCAAAAGCUAACAGAUAUUAGCCACUCAGUUUUUGCUCUUUAGCGCAUUGGUUGGCCCUGCACUAGCUGAAUUACAUCUUUGUCAAUCAUCCAAUAAACACCUUUCUUUGCAUGUGUAAAAUGCAUGCUGUUGUGCAGCCAUUAGCAUUUGAUGGACACUUUUAGCAGCCAAUGGAAAUCCUCACUUAAAAUACAAAUGUUUCUUUAUACUGUUGACAGAGCAUAGAGAUGAAUAAGUCCACUCAAAUUCAGUUAAAUAAUGUCAAUUAUUGUGAAAAAGUGUUGCGUGGUUGUCAGCAGCAAUAUUAUACAGAAAAAAAUCAGAUAUGUUAAAUGGACCUUGCUGGAAGCAGCUUAGUGGAUGACAAGAAUGAAACGCUUUAUAAAUGCUCCGAUUGUAAAGCUAAGAUAGUACAUUAUUGCUUCAGUAAUUUUAGCUACAUUUUCAUUAAAUUAUAAGAAUAAACAAAAAUGUGUAUUUAGUUUUUGUCGCAUGUAGUGAAAAACAAGGACAGGACAUUAAAAUGGGACAUGUCCUGGGAAAAUAAUCUAAGUCAAGGAUAUUCAACUAAAUUGUUUUGGGGCCCACAUUUCCAGAAAGCUAAGGACCGGACUUCUCCUUUCACUAUUAGACUUUUGUUUAUAUUUUAAGGAACCAGCAUCCUUUACAGCAGUGAUCCCCAACCACCGGGCCGCAGCCCGGUACCGGUCCGCGCAAGAAAUUUAAUUUAUAAAA